AUGAUCAAAACAGAAAUGAUUGAUUCAACAAAAUACCUUCCAAAAGAUAUUAUGAGAGAUAUUUUGGGAGUCAUUCCGUAUAAUUAUCGUUAUGCAAAGUCGUUUUUGUUUCUGGCGAAAUUAAUUUCUGAUGAUUAUCAUGUUUCAGAGAUCAGCAAUAUUCCAUUUAUAUCUAACUAUCUGUUUAAUAAAGAAUAUAAGAUUAAAUUAGAUAAGUCUCAAUAUUUCAAGGAUAAUAUUUCAGACAAUCUGAAUAUUCUUACAGAAAAUACUAUUUACAGAGCAAUUAUUCAUAAUGACUUAGAAGUAUUCAUCACAUUCACUGAAAGAGAAGGAUUUGAUAAAGACCAACAACUUAAAAGCAGUUUUUAUCCAAAUUUUAAUGGAAAAUAUUCGUUACUUGAAUUAUGUUGUUACCAUGGAGCUGUUGAUUGUUUCAAAUUAUUAAUAUCAAAAUUCAGCUCAGAAAUAACAUAUCAAUGUCUUGAAUUUUCAUUUUUAGGAGGAAAUCCAGACAAAAUGAGCGAAUGUUUGAAAUAUUAUAAACCAAAUUGGUACUGCAUGAAAUAUGCAAUUAUUUCACACAACAUUGAUUUUGUUACAUUCUUGAUGAAUGAAUACAAUAUUCAAAUCGAUUUAUGUGCUUGUGCAGAUUAUAAUAAUCUUGAUUCUUUUUUAGCUUAUUUCGAUCAGACAAAUGAUGUUAACAACUGCUUUUUUUAUUCAACAAAGUUUAAUAUACCAUCUCUUUGCGAAUAUUUCCUUUCACUUGGAGUAGAUAUAAAUACAAAAGUGAGAUACAACGAGAUAGCUCUUCAUUAUGCAGCAGAAAACAAUCGUAAUGAAAUAGCCGAAUUUCUUAUUUCACAUGGUGCAAAUAUCAAUGAUAGAGAUGCAAACCAAAAAACCCCUCUUUAUGUUGCGGUAUUAUAUAAUAGUAAAGAAACAGCUGAACUCCUUCUUUCACACGGUGCAAACAUCAAUGAAAAAGAUAAUAUUGGACAAACAGCUCUACAUGUUACAGCAAAUUAUAAUAUUAAAUUAACCGAGCUUCUUAUUUCAUAUGGUGCAAACAUCAAUGAAAAAGAUAGAUCUGGAAAAACAGCUCUUUAUGUUGCAGCAGAUUUUAAUCGUAUAGAAAUAGCUGAAUUCCUUCUUUCACAUGGCGCAGAUGUAAAUAUAAAAGAUGAAGAUGGACAAACCGCUCUUCAUGUUGCAGCAAGUAAAAGUGAUAAAAUGACAGAGCUUCUUAUUUCAUAUGGUGCAAAUAUCAAUGAAAAAGAUAAAUCCGGAAGAACAGCUCUUCAUAUUGCAGCAGAAAAUAAUCGUAUAGAAAUAGCUGAAUUUCUUCUUUCACAUGAUGCAAAUAUCAAUGAUCAAGAUGAAGCUGGACAAACUUGUCUUCAUCACGCAGCAUGUAAUGAUAGUAAAGAAACGGCUGAACUCCUUCUUACACACGGUGUAAACAUCAAUGAAAAAGAUAAAUUUGGAAAAACCGCUCUUUUUGUUGCAGCAGAAAAUGCUAGUAGAGAAAUAUUCUUACUUCUUAUUGCACAUAGUCCAAAAAUCAACAAAAAAGAUGAAUGCAGGAAAAAACACUGUUCACAUUGCAGCAUAUAG